UCCAACGAUGCAGCGAAACAUCGUCAAAUUUAAGAUGGCCCUCCUUUUUUGACUGAUGCUGGAAUUAUUUGGCUUAUCUUACGCUUCUGAAUGAGCAAGUGGAUACUACUCUGAUGAAUUUGGAUGCAGAGCAUGCCAUCCAAGCUGUCAAACAUGCACAAGUUACAACCAAUGAGAAGAGUGAUUUAAAAAUUAUCAAAAAGCCAACGGGUCAAACCUCUGCCAAUUCCCAGAAUGCAGCCAAGGUCAAUUUUACUCAAUCUCAAAAGAGAAAUGUCUUGAAUGAGAAUCAAGUUGUGCUGAACAAUGCUCACAUCAGCUGAGCUGUUAUGAUUGUCCUGCUGAGCAAGUCUUCAACUUAGCUAGUUUCCAAUGUGUUGCUUCAUGAGCUUCAGCAACAGAGAUCCUGGUAAAUAACACAGAAAUAUCAGAUUUUCCUUUCUGUAGAUCUCUCAUUUAUUAUGUGAAUCCAUCAGCAGAGUACUCAACAGAGCUAGGGACUGCUGAAUAUCCUUACAAGACACUACAAUCAGUGUUUGAUGAGAUUUAUUUAGUUCAUUCUCAUCAUGAUAGGACUAUUACUAUUAAGCUAAUGGAAGAUAGCACCAAUUUUGUUCAUCAAAAUAGAUUCAUUAUCGAAUUAAAUGAAGUAAUCAUCGAGUCUUACAGUGAAGUUUCAACAGUUCCAAGAAAAGCCAAACUUGUUGCUACCAACACUAAUGAGGCUCUUCCGGAGGAGUACACUUCACCAACUUUAUUCAAGUUGAUAAAAAGCUAUAACACCACUCAAGAAAUCACCAAUGACUCCAAAAUUUCAUCAGCUGAUAAAUCAUUGAUGUUCACUGGGGAUUCUAUCUUAUACAUCUACAAAGCUAGUCUUACUCUGAACAAUUUAUAUAUCACCACUGGAUUCAGCUCUGAAGAAGCUUCAAAGAUAUAUCUGAAUCCAAUUUACUUGGGAAGCAAGACUCUCAAAAUACACAAUUCUAAGGUACUCCACCAAGGUUUUUUUGUCAAGACUAAUCACCAAAUGAACUUGGAGAUUCUCGACACUGAGAUUGAUUUGUACAAAUCGUCAGGUGGUUUUGAUCUUUCCCUUGGAUGUUUCAACUCAGAUAUUCAGUCAACAACUAGACUUGACGGAUUAAGACUUUAUUACUCACAGAGUAAGUCCUUUCACAAUUCCUCUCUUCAUGCUAUUUUUAAAUUUCAAAAGAAAUUUAAAGCAAACUCCUCCAUUAUUUAUCCAAGAAGGAGGAGACAUUAUCAUGGUAAACAACUCUAUAUUCCAAACUUAUGGGGAGCUAGGCUCGUCAGGAUCUUUCUUCAGCCAUGUAGACCAAGCUCCAUGCUCAGGUGUUCAUACUCACUCAAUCACCAUCACAAACUCAGCAAUGGUGUCUCCUGAAUUCACUCCUUCAUUCCUUCAGCCAUCAUCUAAUUUUAAAUUUGAGAGAGGAGAAGGAGAGUGGGUCACCAGCAUAAUCUUUGACAACUUC